AAUUUUGAAGCCCAGCUGGGUCGACCAGUGAGUGAUUCGCUGCCGCGGGAUGGACGUCCGAGUCGCAGAGAAGGAGAACCGGAAGCUCAAGAAGACCCUCAAGCGCAAGACCCCCGGCGUCGAGAUGCCAUCCAUCGACGUGUCCAACCAAGCCUCGUCCCCGCGCAAGCUCCCGGCGCAGACCUCGUGCUUCAUCGCGUCCGACUUCCGCCAUGUGCCCCAGCUCGACUUUGGGUCAAUCGAGAUUGGCCAGACAAGGACGCUACCGCUCGGCUUCCUCAACCCGAGCGACCAUGGCGUCGCCCAUAUCGUCGUCGAGGACGUGCUACCCAAGGCUCUUGGCUCCGAGUUCUACGUCCAUGCGCACGAGGCGAUUGUCGUCCCGAUGCAGUCUUCCGCGACGAUCGACGUGGUGUUUACGCCGACUAAGCCCGGCCGCGUCCACGCCAAGCUCCACGUGCGGCUGAACAAGCGCUUCAAACUCUUUUGUACGCUCACCGCCACCGCUACAGGAACCGCGCUUGCAUCCUCGUCAUCCUCGUCCUCGUCUGCCAAGCGCGCCAAGGUAACAUCGACGUCCUCCUCAUUGGCCGCAUCGUACGCGUCGACGUCGUCGACGAUCUUGCGCAAGGCAGGCAAGCCCGAGACGUCGACGAGCCAGCUCUGGAAGAAGCGGCGCAUUGUCUUUGACGACCAAUGGAUCCCCAAGCAGGAAGAAGGCUUUCAAAAGUGGCUCAACUUUACGCUCCUCGGCGCGCACUUUGCCGAGAUCAAGGACGAGACGCCGCUUACGACCGACCGGUACUACCAGCUGCGGCUGCUCGCGAUCCGCCGCCUCGAGUCCAAGAUCCGACAGGCAGCCCAUGCCGUGUACAACCAUAGCCACACGGACCACGUCCUGUACCGUCUCCAGCGGGAAAUCACGGCCAAGCGGCUCACAAUCCGAGCCGACCGCCCGCUGCAUGUGGACGUCGGUCUGCAGAACGAGCUCAUGACGCUUCUCAACCAUUACCACCCGCUGUGGCUCACGCUUGGACUCGAAGUCGUGCUCGGCCUUCGCAUCGUCGAGUCGCUCGGCGAGCUCAUCCACCCGACCUCGUCAUCGUCGCACAUGCCGCUCUUUCUACGUCGGCUCAUCGCCGAGCGCAUCACGAACGACCCGGUGUUGGCGCUCAAGCACCCGUCGCUGCAUUUGGGCGUCAACCGGUCCGAGGCGUACUUGGCCAAGCUCCGCGUCCAUACGCUUGUCAAGUGCUUCAUGCUCGUCUACUUCCUCGACAAGGCGCAUGCGCAGCGGCACGUCGACCACAUUGCGCUGCCGUGUCUCUUCCGGCCGUCAAGCACCAUCAAGAGCUCCAAGCAGAUUUUGUACGAUUUUUGCCAAAAGUUUCUGAGCCAAGAAGGCAACGUACUCCGCCAUCUUGGCAAUCUCGAGUACACGGUCGCAUACGAGCAAAGCGUCCUUGAAGAGAUGGACAUGCAGGUCGAGAACCUCGCCAUGGACCUCCGCGACGGCGUUCGACUGGUGCGCUUGCUCGAGACGCUCGUGCCCGGGACGGUCUUGAGCCCGCAGCUGCGCUUGCCGGCCGUGUCGCGGCUCCAAAAGGUCCACAACGUCAAGGUCGCGCUGUCGUUUUUGGAAGAGCACUGCCAAUUGCAGCUCAACGCGGUCGAGUCGAGCUGCGCCGUGACCAACUACCAGCCUACGACGAUUGGGCCCAAGGACAUUGUCGACGGCCACCGUGAAAAGACGCUUGCUCUCCUCUGGAAGCUCAUUAGCCAUUUCAAGAUCUCACACGUCGUCGACGUCGCCUUGGUCGCUGCCGAGAUUGACCGCGUCAAGCGCCGGUGGUCGGGUCUCGCCGCGCAAGUCUAUGCAACGAUCCACGACGGCGAUAUCGACGAAAACAACCGGUCGAUUCCCCAGUUGCUGCUCGAGUGGUGCCGCGUCGUGUGUGCCAACUACCACCUCGCGAUCCACAACUUUACGGCGUCGUUUGCCGAUGGGAAAGCGCUCUGCCUCAUGGUGCAUUACUACCAUCCGCGGCUGCUCGAAAAGUCCGACAUGCACUGGACGACAAGCGACCGAAGCGACAAGGACCGCAUUGGCCACGAUGAGUUCGAAGCGCUUUUGUCGCAAGAGCGCGCCAACUUUGCGCUCGUGAACGCCAAAGUCAAGCUCCUCGGCCAAGUUCCCGUCCUCGUGCCCGAGUUUGACUCGAACAAUUUGCCCGAAGAGAAGAUCAUCAUGACGUUCGUCGCGUAUCUGCAUUCGCGGCUCCUUGGCGCGAGCAAAGAGAUCCACGCGGCGUUUACGCUCCAGCAUUGGUGGGUGCCUCGCUUUCGCCGUUUGCGCCGGGCCAAGCGCGACCACGCGGCGCGCGUCAUCCAGCGCUUUUGGUACACGACGUCGCACAACCGGUUUGCGAUCCGCUGUGUGCAGCGCCUCCUUUACUUGGCGCGGAAGCUCCAGGCGUUUGGUCGCAUGGUGGUCUGCCGGUCCCGGUAUCUCCGCCACCGUGCCCAAAUGGCUGCGAGAAGCCCCGUCCGGGUGCCAAUCAUAGCUCGGGAGCUCUCGCCGGUCGUCGUGGCGUCACCUGUUCGUGUGCCGCCGGUGCCUGUCGUCGCAUCGCAGGCCCCUGUUUCGGUGCCACGGUCCACAGUGGUCUAUGCGCCGUUGUCGCCGACGCUGACCGCAGUGCGCGCGCCACGGUCACCGGUCGUCGCAGUGUAUGCACCUCGGCCUCGAUCGCCACCCAUGGCCGUUAUUGCCCCGCCGUCGCCUCCUGUAGCGGUCGUGGCCCCGCCGUCGCCUCCUGUAGCGGUCGUGACCCCGCCGUCGCCGCCCCGCUGGGACGAAGACGAAGCAACGCCAGAAGGUAUCGAGGUGGACAACAACUACGACUUUGAUGCGGCCGCAGCGUGCAUUCAACGGGCCGUCCGCGCGUGGCUCGCCGACAUUCGUGCGUCCCAAGCCGCCUUUCGCCGCGCGAUGGAGCAAGCGCAGAGCGCGGUCCGUCUCCAGCAAUGGUGGCGCGCGUAUCGCCGUGUCUCGUUCACCAAGGCGCUUUGGCACCGAAUGACCUUCCACCUGCGCUCGUUGCGCGACGCGGCGGCCGUGACACUGCAGCGCGCGGUCCGGCGCCGCCAGACGCAAGCGUUCUGGUACGCCCUGGUCUACUACGCGCGUCUCCAGCGUCGCCAAGUGGCCGCGGCGACCCGAAUCCAGCGCUGGCUCCGCACCAAGAGCACGCAGAAGGUGCAGCAUUUAUGGUCGACCAUGGUCGUGCUCUUGCGACAAAAGGAACAAGCAGCGGCGACGCGGCUCCAGCGCUGGUGCCGACGCCGUUUCGAGAUGGCCGCCUUGUACCGGAUCCAGGCGACGUGGUAUGCGCUCGCCAACGCGCUUCUCGAACAGCAGCACGACGCAGCCACGACGCUGCAAUUGUGGUAUCGCAAAGCCAUGCUGCUCCACGUGCGCAAGCAGCGCUGGGUCGAUGUCAUCCUCGCCGCCCAUUACCAGCGCUGCAACCACGCCGCGGUAGUCAUUCAAACGACGUGGCGCCAUGCCAAGCGCCGGGCCAAUGUCGCUGUGUGGCAUAAUCUCGUCAGCCACGUGCUCGAACGCCACCGCCACGAGCUCUGGGACGCCUACACGUCUGCGGCUGCGACGCGGCUCCAGCGCGCCUUUCGACGAUAUCGGGCGGUAUGCGUGCGCUCUCGCUGGACCGCGCUUGCCGUUGCCGCCAAGCAUGCGCAGGAAACGACGUCCGUGGCCGCAGCCGUGCGUCUCCAGACGUGGUGGCGCCACUACGCGCACACGUGGGCCCACAAAAAGUGGUGGCUCGACGCGGUCGCCGUGCUCACGUACCACGACCACGCUGCGCGCGUCAUCCAAGAGGCGUGGUACAAGGCGUGUCGGCGUUCGCAGGUCCGCGACUGGUUUCUCAAUGUCAUUGCAGCCGUCCGGGAGCUCCAAACGACCGACGCCGCCGCAAUCGUUGUCCAGCGCGCUUGGCGCAAGACGGUGUUGCGUGCCGCGUGGCACACCUUGGUCGCCGAUGUCUAUCGUGCCAACCAGGCUGCGCUUCUUGUGCAAACCGCGUGGCGCACGUCGCAGCGCCAGUACCUCGUGCGGGUGUGGUGGACCGACACGAUCACGAGUCUCCGUGCCCAGCGCGGCGCGCGCGAGAGAGAAGCGGCGACGACGCUCCAGGCCAUGUGGCGCGAGUACAAGCGCCGAACGAUCCUCCGUUCGUGGUGGACGCACAUCAUUACACUGCUGUACGAGCAACGCGACGCUAUGGUUGUGCAGAGGCAGCACGAGACCAAGCUAAUGCAGCACCAAGCUGCCAAGACGCUCCAAACGUGGUGGCUGGAGGUUCAGCGCCGGUCGCGCGUCCGGGCCUACUGGACCCAGCUCGUGCUCGUGCUCGAGGAGCAGCGCGACGGUGCCGCGUACACGCUUCAGUCGUGGUGGCGUACGCUGCAGUCCAACCGCCGGCUCAAGACGAUGCAAGAUGAGUGGCACUCGCUCGCUGUGUGUCUCUCGAUCCAGCAACAAGAUGCGCAGAGUCUCUCGGCCACGCGUAUCCAGGACUUUGUGCGGCGCUACCAAAGCCUCCAGUUUCUCAAAAACUGGUGGCUCGGCCUCAUCGAGCACGUCCAGUACCGCGAGUCGGCGGCGCGCAUCAUCCAGGCGUGGUGGGCCCACGCACGCAUGCGCAAGCAGCAGCCCAAGCCGCGCCGGAUCUCGAUGCACCGCGUCCUCCCGAGCGAGGCGAUUCUCAAGCUCCAGGCGUGGUGGCGCGGCACGCUCGUCCGUCGCCAGUACGACCGGCUCUCGCCCGUGACGGCCGUGCGUCAUCGCCUCGACGCGGCCAAGACGUCGGCCAACGUCGUCGCCGCGGCGCUCCGCGAUCAAAAGCCGCUGUUUGUACAAGAAGAGAAGAUCAAGCUACGCCUUCGGCUCAAGCGCGCGCUUGCGAUUCUACACACGUCGCCGCGCCUUCAAGACAUGCUCCACGCGGUGCAUACGCUCGAAAUGUGCACGCGCCUCAGUCGCGAGUGCUGCGUCGAAUGUCUCUUGCAUCAAGUGCCCCGGCUGCUGUACGCAGCGAUCCGCAAGUGCAACCGGAGCCGGCCGCAGCUCGAGCUGCUCCACCAGCUAUUGCAGGUGGUACUGAACCUCUGUUUGCACCAGCAAGGCCGGUUCCACGCGGCCAACAUUGCGAUCGCCGAGGACGUCGAGGGCCACGCAAUGAGCUGCGAGCUCUGGAUCGACCUCAUGCAAAUGCACCGCGACUCGGCCGUGCUCUUUACGCUCAACGCGCGUCUCCUCAAGUACGCGCUCAUGUGUCUCGUGCGCGACAACGUCGAGUUUGACGGCCGCCAGCACACGCUCUUGAGCGAAGCCCACCGCCGGCUCUCGCUGCUCCACGCGCUCUUUGCAAAGCGUGCGCGGACCAAGAGCAUUGUCGACAAGCAGAUAGCGCACAAGAACAAGGAGCUCCCGGGCCAGUUGCACCCGACGCGCGCCAUCUCAAUUUUGCAAACGCUCCUCGCGCUCCUCCCGGCAUCGGCGCAUUAGCUCAGACCACCAACGACUAUCUAUUAGCAAACAGAAUAUGAUCUUUACGUGUCCAAGCAC